CCGCUCGCUUCGGAGCGCCGGGCCCGCGCACGGACACACGGACACACGGACACACGUGCGGGGCCGGGCUGGGCCGGGCCGCCGCGGGGUUAUUCCGGGUGACGGAGGAAGCCGCAGCCGCGGGGCCGCCGCCGCACCUGCCCGCCCCCGGCCCGCCCCGAAUCCCCGGCGCGGGGCCGCUGCGGGAGUAGCGGGACCCGCAGCAUCCCCCGGCUUGGGCCGUGGCCGCCCCGGAGCCAGGCGGCGGGAGGGCGCUGCCCCCUUCGGUGCCCGCCGCAGCCAUGGAGGGGGCAGUGCAGCUGCUGAACCGCGACGGGCACAGCAUCUCCCACAACUCCAAGCGCCACUACCACGACGCCUUCGUGUGCAUGAACCGCAUGAGGCAGCGGGGGCUGCUCUGCGACAUCGUCCUGCACGUGGCCACCAAGGAGAUCAAGGCCCACAAGGUGGUGCUGGCGUCGUGCAGCCCCUACUUCCACGCCAUGUUCACAAAUGAGAUGAGUGAGAGCCGGCAGACCCAUGUGACGCUGCACGACAUCGACCCGCAGGCGCUGGAGCAGCUGGUGCAGUACGCCUACACGGCUGAGAUCGUGGUGGGAGAGGGGAACGUGCAGACCCUUCUCCCUGCUGCCAGCCUGCUUCAGCUCAAUGGUGUGAGGGAUGCUUGCUGCAAGUUCCUGCUCAGCCAGCUGGACCCCUCCAACUGCCUGGGCAUCCGGGGCUUUGCUGACACCCACUCCUGCAGCGACCUGCUCAAGUCUGCCCACAAGUACGUCCUCCAGCACUUCGUGGAGGUGUCCAAGACAGAGGAGUUCAUGUUGCUGCCCCUAAAACAGGUGCUGGACCUCAUCUCCAGCGACAGCCUCAACGUGCCCUCGGAGGAGGAGGUGUACAGGGCUGUGCUCAGCUGGGUCAAACACGACGUGGACAGCAGGAGACAGCACGUGCCCAGGCUGAUGAAGUGCGUGCGGCUGCCCCUGCUGAGCCGGGAUUUCCUGAUGAGCCACGUGGACACGGAGCUGCUGGUGCGGCACCACUCGGAGUGCAAGGACCUGCUGAUCGAGGCGCUCAAGUACCACCUGAUGCCCGAGCAGAGAGGGGUGCUGGGCAACAGCCGCACGCGGCCGCGCCGCUGCGAGGGCGCCAGCACCGUGCUCUUCGCUGUGGGUGGAGGGAGCCUGUUUGCCAUCCACGGGGACUGCGAGGCCUACGACACACGCACGGACCGCUGGCACAUGGUGGCCUCCAUGUCCACGCGCCGCGCCCGCGUCGGCGUCGCCGCCAUCGGGAACAAGCUCUACGCCGUGGGCGGCUACGAUGGGACCUCUGACCUGGCCACAGUGGAGUCCUAUGACCCUGUCACCAACUCCUGGCAGCCCGAGGUGUCCAUGGGCACCAGGAGGAGCUGCCUGGGGGUGGCAGCCCUGCACGGGCUCCUCUACGCUGCCGGGGGGUACGAUGGGGCCUCGUGCCUCAACAGUGCAGAGAGGUACGACCCGCUGACGGGCACCUGGACCUCCAUCGCUGCCAUGAGCACCCGCAGGCGCUACGUGCGCGUGGCCACGCUAGAAGGCAACCUCUAUGCAGUGGGGGGCUACGACAGCUCGUCACACCUGGCCACGGUGGAGAAGUACGAGCCCCAGGUGAACACCUGGAGCCCCAUUGCCAACAUGCUGAGCCGCAGGAGCAGCGCGGGCGUGGCCGUGCUCGAGGGGAUGCUCUACGUGGCUGGGGGCAAUGAUGGCACCAGCUGCCUUAACUCCGUGGAGCGCUACAACCCCAAAUCCAACACCUGGGAGAGCGUGGCCCCCAUGAACAUCCGCAGGAGCACCCACGACCUGGUGGCCAUGGACGGGUGGCUUUACGCCGUGGGCGGCAACGACGGCAGCUCCAGCCUGAACUCCAUCGAGAAGUACAACCCGCGCACCAACAAGUGGGUGGCCGCCUCGUGCAUGUUCACCCGCCGCAGCAGCGUGGGGGUGGCCGUGCUGGAGCUCCUCAACUUCCCCCCGCCCUCGUCGCCCACGCUCUCCGUGUCCUCCACGAGCCUUUGACAGCGAGCCCGGCCGUGCCCCGGCCCCUGGGGACAGCGCCUGAGCCGGCCCGGCCCUCCCGCGGGGCUCUGCCCGCUCUGGGGACACCCACCAGGGCCACCACAUGUGCUUCCAGGGCUGGUCCCCCCCGAGGGCGAGCAGAGGGGCCAGACUCAUCCAGCACCCCCCAAAGCUCCUCAGGGCAAGGGGGAACCCGAACCAUUGCUGCUUCUGGGAUUGCCGUGCUCCAGCCGUGCCCCCGGGCACUGCCAGCCCUGGGGGCGCCCCGGGGGACGAUGUGUGACCCCCCACUCUGAAUGUCACUGUAGCCAGUUCAGCCCGAGGUGUGUGCCCUGCUCCGGACGCUGCCCCGCUCCGAGGGCGUCUCUUUGAUGCCUUAACCACAGCAAGAGAGGAAGGCCGGCCCAGGCACAGCGCUGCAGGGUGGGGAGGGUCCUGAGCCCUGCAGGGCUCCCCGGGCCCGCUGGGGUCCCAGCUGCGCGGGGCUCUGGCCAGGCAGGUGCUGCAGGGACCUUGGUGGCAUCGCUGCCAUCACUGCUGGCCCAGGCUCUCUGGGAAUGGCCUGGCCUGUUUGCUGCUCCCCUCUCUGCAAAGCAGAUCCUGGGUUUGUGGAAAGGAGUCAGUUCUUGGAAGAAGAACAGUCCAGCCUUCCGAACGAGGAGGAUUGCCUGGCAUUACUUUUUUGGGUAUUAAUUUUUUUUAUUUGCCUUUUUUUAUUUGAACGCUAAUAUGACUCCACAUCCCUUUCUUUUUUACACUGCCCUGGUAUUCCCCAUGCCCUCUGCUCUCCAGGCAGCAGGAGGGAUGCAGCUCCUUUUCCCAUCUGUUGAGGAGAUGAUUCCUGUGCCCUGGAAGUUCUCUCUGGGUGGGUGGGGUGUGUGCAUGUGUGAGAUGCCAGAAGCAGCACGGGAGGGACCCUUUCCAAUUAGCGACUCCCUGGCAAUUAAACAACCACUCUAAUGAACUAAAGCUUGGAUAAAUUAGCCCUGUGAGGCCUGUCCUGGAGCCAGGGCCCCCGUGCUGUGCUGUUUCAGGGUGUGCUGUGUGUGUGAGCCGUGAGCUGAGGCACAGGUCAGGUGCUCUCCGCACCACAGAGGAACGACUCAACCACUGGUACCUCAAUCGUGCUCAAGUGUUCAAAUGUAGCAUUGGAAAUAUGGUCCAACUGUUUGGAACUCAUUCCUUCCUCCUUUUUUCCCCCCUACUCCACAGUUCUCGCUCACAGAGCUCAGAUUUCACUCGUGUGGUACCUGUGGCCCUGAAUUUUCAAGUAGCAAGGGAUUUCUGCUUUUUGAACUCUCCUGAGAGGGGAGUUUAAAAUGAGACAGGGACUCCCCAGCUUCAGACCCUUUUCCUGGCAGUCUGAUUUCCCCUGGGCAGGUGCCUGCAGGUUUCCCAAGCCCACUCACUGUGCCUCACGUUGUACACCUGGAAUUCCCAGCACCUUCUGCAAACCAGGGCUGCUUCCCCCUCCAGCCUCUCCCCGAGGGCAGCCUGAGCUUCUCAGGCUCAGGAGGCCUUCUUGGCUUUUGGAACAGGCUCCAAAUCCCCUUUUUGUCCCCUUCUCCCUGCCCCAGCUGUCACAGCUCAGCAGUUCUCCCAUUUCCCUCUCCUGCAGAGCCCCCUGUGAGUGUCCAGGCUCUGCAGUUCUCUCCCAGGAAGGUCAGAGCAAUCUGCUUGGUUCAAAAAAGGAUGCAACCAGUGAAAUCUGCUCUGUUUUGUGCAUGUGCCUCCACCCAAGUGAGCUCUCAACCCUUUCCAUCCCACUGCUGUAACCAACAAAGGGAUUUCCCUCUCCUGCUGGGCUCCCAUCCAGGUGUCCCUGGCUCCAGGGCCCCUUUGGAGGAGGAUCAGCCCAAAAGCCCCACGGGGAGGUGGAAGGGGCUGGUGCUGGGCUUGGCCCGAGGUGCUGAGGAGCUCAGGAGGGGUCAGGGGUGAAGGGAGAGGGGAGCCCAGGCAGGAGCUGCAGUGCAGGAGCUGCUGAGGGGGAAGCAGGGCUGGUUUCAAACCAGGAGUGAGAUGUGGCAGUGGCUCAGAGCCUCUGCUCCAGCUGGGGCUGCUGCACAGUGGGGAGGGAGCUGUGCCUUGGGAGCAGAACCUGAGGGAAGUGGGAAACGCAGCAGAAUUUUGGUGCCACUGCAGAUCCUGUGUGGUGCUGUCCUGCUUCCCGAGGAGCAGGGACAGGGCGGAGUGACUCCUGUGUCCCCUGGCUGGCUCCUGAGCAAUAUCCACUGAGCCUGACCCACGGGAACCCAGCAAGGAGGGAACCUCCUGUCUGUGCUGCCCAAACUAUGCAGGAAAGGGCAAAACAAGCCCCCAGCACCUCCUGGGGGUCCCCAGCCCCCCGACCCACACUGUGCGGACACGAGGUGUCAGCGCCUGCCCUGGCACGUGCCAGGGUGGGAUUGCUCCUGGUGCUGCUCGUCCCCUGCCGAGGAGGAGGAGGAGGAGGAGAGCUCGGAGGGGACGCCUGUCUGUGUCUGUCUGUCUGUGCUGUCUGAGGGGAGGAGAACAACUCUGUGUGGCUUCCCUGCCAGUUUCAGUCCGUGGUGUCUCGCCCACGACGUUCCUUGUGUGAACUCCCAGCAGAGGAGCAUCCCCCAGCCGGGGGGCUCCGGGCUCGGGGGUUCCCCAGCAGGGCCAGGCGGGAUCCCCUGCCCUGCUCUGGGGGCAGAGGCUCCCUUGGCCGCCCUGCUGGGCACACCUGGUCCAGAUCCAUGUCCGAGCGUCGUCACUUUGAUUUCUCUGUAACUUUAUCCGACUUUAUUUAUGUGGAACUCUGUUUUCUCUGAAUUUUUUGCACUACAUGGGGCUGGGGAGGGGAU